AUGGUGGUGCCUGAAUCCACCCACGAGCAGGUGCGGCUGGAACCUCGGAGACGCUAUGUGGAUGUCGACCACUGGCGCCCAUACAUCACCACCAGAUACCCCGAGGAGAUCCAAUCCGGGGAUGCCCGCGAAUUUGAAUACGAGAUAUUGGGUCAGGACGCCGGCCCGCGACCCAUCCCAGCCUUCCCCGUGAGAAACGGCUUCCGCAUUCCGGCGUGGAUACCCGCUGCCAACCCCGAACUCCAACCCGGCGUCAUCACCGACGACCACAUCCGAAUGGCCUGCAUCAUCCUCAUCCAGAUGGCGCCCGACCUGGCGAGGGAAAUCCCCAGACGCUAUCUCGAGAUCCAGUCCAUACUCGACAGGGGAAUAGAAAGCAGCAGGAGAAGGGUCCUCACGGAGGAACGUGUCGCCGAGUAUGCCCCGCAGGAUUGGACCGCGUCCCCCGACGAGGGUGGGCUCAAGAUGGAGGAAGAGCACUUGCCGGAUGUGUACAUGAGGAUUCUGAGGACGUUUGAGGCUGCGGACAGCAAGGAUGGGCCGUUUGGGUUGUUUGCGGAUUUGUAUCCCGGCGUUCGCGAGCAUGACAUUAUUCCGGCUCCGAAGUGGCCUCGUUGUCUGGGACAUUACAUUUUUGACCGGGUGGCGCAGCGGAAGGUGACGGAUCAGAGGCGUGACGCGUGGGCUGCCGGGAAGUUUGAGAAGAGUCGUGCUGCGAUUGCUGCCGAGAAGGCUGCCACUGAGGCGGAGGCUGCCGCGCAGCAGCAGCAGUUGGAGCAGAAGCAGCAGCAGCAGCAGCAGCAGCAGCAACAGCAGCAACAGCAGCAGCAGAAACCCCAGAGAAAGAGAGACAAAAUUAUUAGUAUGAUGCAAUAUGGCGCCCCGAAAGCACCUCUACCAUGA